AUGGAUGGGUUUGGCUAUUCUCGUUGGCACUUUUCAGAAUUUUAUCUCAUCAUCCUAAGAUGCAUUGAAACAGUCCAGAAUAUGAAGGGCCGCAUAACAAAAAAUGUUUUGAGCCCCAUGACAAGAAUCGCACAACAGAAAUCAUUUUUAACCUUCGUCAUCCGAACUGAAAUCGUCGUCCAGCUGGCACUCCCUCAUCGCCGGGAACAGCUGUCGAUUAAUCUCUAUCGUCGACUCCUCCUUCCUCGGCUCCACCUUCACUUGCAGCACUCCUCUCGACAAGCUCUUCACAUCCAAACACGCCUUAUCCAACAUCACCAGAAAGUCGCGCACGAUCACAAAAAGGUGGGACCCCUCUUCCCUCCCUGCCCUUCCAUGGAAAUAAUCCCCCGUGCUGCGCACCAAGGCCGUGAUCCUCCGCUCCUCGUCCUUCAGCCACUCGAUAUCCGACUCACACUGGCCCACGAACCCGACAAGCGCCUCCCUGAACCCUCCCACCUCGUCAACCCCUUUCAUCUCUCCCUCGAGAAACGCGCUCGUCUGCUCGAGGGCCCGCCCAAGGGAAUUGGUGGUCUUGAUCAAACUCUCGCUGUCGAUCAAUGCAGCUUUCUUCACGUUGCGAAGCUCGUUGCUCAGCCCGGACACGACUUGAAGCCCGAGGGCCCGGUGGUACUCCUCCGACUCGUGCGAAGGGUCGCCGAGCGAAAGGUCCUCGAGACAAUUUGGGCAGUAGGGAAGGAGAAGUGGGAUAUAAACCUCCAAAGUUGCUAA